CAAAAACUCAGUUUGCUCUGAACAGUUGACGUGUCUGGUGGGUUCUUUGUGUCGCUUAGCCUAUUUUGAGUUUCAAUAUGAAUACCACUGAUUUGAAGUUUAACAUACGAUUAUUGCGAUGUGUUAAGAAAUAUCCGGUUAUAUACAAUACCAAAUUAGAGGAAUACAAAACAAGGAAUUGUAUAGAUUACAGAGAUGCAGCGUGGCGUGACAUUGCGGAAGAAUUAAAUUGUGAUCUGUUACCACUGAAGAGAAAAUGGAAAAAUUUCCGUAGCAUUGCCACGAGGAAUCUAAGAAAAGAGCAAAUGGGUCAAAAGGUUCCACCAUAUUAUUUACACAAUGAAAUAAAAUUUGUAAUACCGUUUUUGCGAACGACAUGCGGCCCUGCAUCCUCAAAUAAACAGAUUAUGAACGGAGUAGCGAAGGAAGAGAUGGAGUACGAUGAUGAUGUACACGUCGAUGACCUGGAACAUCAUUGUGAGAGCGACCUCGAGCAGAGUGAAAAUGAAAAUGAAGAUGAAAACCCAAUAUUUUUUGGUUAUGAUGAAGAUGAAAUUCUUUCUCAAAAUACGAGUACAAGUAAAUAUUUAUCCGAACCAGAGGAUACUGUUGAAUUUGAUAAUAUUCAUGCUGCCAAACCUGCGUGCGACGAAAAGAGAUGGAGUAAGGCAGUCCAGAAUAAAAUCAUUACACAAACUCCAUCACAUGUUGCUUCAAGUUCCACGGAGAAUGUGGAUCGUGAGCGAUUAGCGUCUAUAGAAAAAGCUAAAAAACAGUUUUUGGACAGUUUAUUACCAGACAUCAAUCAAAUGUCCCACUCCCAAAUGCGACAAUUCAAAUACGAGGUUUUAGUGUUGAUUGACAAAAUUUUGAUAGAAAAUUAAUCUUGAACUCUUAUAAUAAUGAGAAGAUGCAAAAUCAUGGCACCACCGAAGCAACCUCUGAAAAAUUCGGGAACGGAUUUCACCUCAUGCCGCCGAGCAAAUUUUUUUUUUAAAUACGAGUAUACUUACCUUAAUGUAUUUCUUUGCUUUGGUCUUUUUACCACAAGAAUCAUUUGCAAGCGCGGUAAAAUGGAAGGUGUUUGAAGUUUUCUCUCUGAACAAAUAAAGUAUAAAUAAUA